CUCGUGGUUAAGAGAAUAUUCGCAUUCAUAAUGAGUACAGGAGGUAAAGUAGCAACCAAGUUUCGUGAGACUUUCCGCGUCGUACAAAAGGAUGUGUUACGAUGGUUUCCUGGGCAUAUGGGCAAGGGAUUGAAGCAGAUGCAGCAAAAAUUGAAAAAUGUCGAUUGUAUUGUCGAAGUGCACGAUGCACGCGUACCCAUUUCUGGCCGAUAUACUGACUUUAAACAAACAAUCAGUGGUUUAAAGCCUCAUAUUUUUAUUCUAAACAAGAAGGAUUUAAGCGAUGAGCGUUUCAGUAAGGCAAUUGAAGAGCGGCUUCAUAGAGAAGGGAUAUCCAACGUUCUCUUUACAAACCUUAAAGAUCAGACAUGUUCGAAUAUGAAGAAAAUUUUGCCUUUAGCAAAAAAUCUGAUAGUAAACUCAAAUCGUUAUCAUAGGUCAGAAGAACUGAGUUAUGAGAUGAUGGUUAUCGGAGUCCCAAAUGUUGGGAAGUCUACUUUAAUUAAUCGCUUGAGACAUACUUACCUUGGCAAAUCACGAGCAACGCAAGUAGGCGCUAUAGCUGGUGUGACACGAUCAGUUUUGAAUAGGAUAAAAAUUUGUGAAGAUCCCCCUUUCUAUUUGCUUGAUACGCCAGGUAUUUUAGCACCUUCUAUAAAAGAUAUAGAAUCAGGAUUAAAAUUAGCUCUUAUCGGGUGUCUUCAAGAUCAUUUGGUAGGUCCAGAAAUAAUAGCAGAUUAUCUUCUUUUCUGGUUAAAUAAACGGAAAAGGUUCGAAUAUGUUGAAAAACUAAACAUACCAGAACCAAUGGAUGAUAUAUUAGAAGUUUUGCUUGCUACGGCAGUAAAGUUGGGGAAGAUGAAAAAAGUUAGGACUUAUGAUAACCAAAUAAACGUUAUACCGGAUAUUGACAUAGCAGCAAAUCACUUUAUUAAAUUAUUUAGAAAUGGAGAUCUAGGACACAUCUGUUUAGAUGAGGAUGUAUUAGAAUCCCAAAAUACAUAAAAUAACAUAAUAAAAACUGUCUUAUAACACUUGUAGGAAUGACUUUUUACCAUUGUUAUUUUUUAAUUCUGCUAAUAUACAACUUGUACACAUUGCAGUAAGUUUCACUGUGCAUAUGUAAAGUUAGAUUGUAACUGAAGUAAUAUUUACUGUUGGAAUAAGUUUUUUCUUUAUUGUUUGCUGAUUUUCAUUAAUCAUUAGACAUACACCUAUUACAUUACAAUAGUCAGGAGAAGAAAAGAUUGAACGAUCUUGAUAAAUAAACACA